GGGGAACAGAGAUUGCGCUUGCGCGGAAGCUGAGGCCAGGCCUGUGAGUGGAGCUGCACGCUGGGGUUGUAGACCGGCGCCUCAGCGAGGCUGAGAGCCCGGAAUCACAAGAGCCGCGCGGACGACAGGACGGCUGCCAGCGCCAGGCCUAGGAGUUAAGAAGCCUCCAUUCCUUUCCUCCAAACCAGAAGACUUUAUUUCCUGCAUACAAAGCAUGGGAUAUGUUGGUUAGAAACAACUGGCUGGUGUUUAAAACUGAAGAUUGUCAUGAUUAUUUAACCCAAGUCCUGUGCUAAAAUAUGAUUGAUUGUCUUGGAAACACUAAUUUGGGGUAAACCAAAUCUAUUUCUGGAACCAUGAAAAUUUUGCUGGUUUUUGACUUUGACCAUACAGUCAUAGAUGACAAUAGUGACACCUGGAUUGUACAGUGUGCUCCAGAGAAAAAGCUUCCUAUCGAACUGCAAGAAUCUUAUCAAAAAGGAUUUUGGACAGAAUUUAUGGGCAGAGUCUUUAAAUAUCUGGGAGACAAAGGCAUAAGAGAAGAUGAGAUGAAAAGAGCAAUGACAUCAAUGCCUUUCACUCCAGGGAUGGUGGAACUUUUAAACUUUGUAAGAAAGAACAGGAAUAAAUUUGAUUGUAUCAUUAUUUCAGAUUCAAAUUCGGUUUUCAUAGAUUGGGUUUUAAAAGCUGCCAAUUUUCACGAUGUGUUUGAUAAAGUGUUUACAAAUCCAGCAGCUUUUGAUAACAGUGGUCAUCUCACUGUGGAAAAUUAUCACACUCAUUCUUGUACUAGGUGUCCAAAGAAUCUUUGCAAGAAAGUAGUUUUGGUGGAAUUUCUAGAUAAUCAGGUGCAACAGGGAGUGAAUUAUACACGCAUUGUUUAUAUAGGUGAUGGUGGAAAUGAUUUCUGUCCAGUAACCUUUUUAAAGAAGAAUGAUUUUGCCAUGCCACGGAAAGGAUACAGUUUGCAGAAAACUCUCUCCAAAACACCUCAAAAUCGUGAUCCUGUGGAAUCAUCUGUGGUAGUUUGGUCUUCAGGUGUUGAAAUAAUUUCUCAUUUACAAUUUCUAAUAAAAGAAUAAUAUCCCAACCAUUGAAAUGUGUAUCAGUUAAGAUUAGGCUCAGCUGCAUAUAACUAAAACUUCAAGUACCAGUAGCUUUAAAAAAAAUUUUUUUUUUCUUUCACUUAAAAGGUAAGUGUCCAGAGGUAAUAUCUCAAGGCUGGUAUAUUCCUCUGCCAAGCAC